UAUUCCUUGGCAUCUGGAUCCAAACUUUCUGGUUGAGCGUUUCGGUGUUGGCAGAUCUCGCGAUACAGUAAAACGAGGCUACACGACGAUUUGACCCCUCCUUCGCCAGUUUUGCGGCUGAUCAAACCAAUUGGCGGUAUAUUGCGAGAGAUUGGUCUCUCAAAGCCUCCAACAUGUCGCAAGUCCUCGGUCUGACAAAACUGGCAUACUCUCGAGUAUGGCAUGGUGUUUCCGCCUCCGCCCCUCAUGCCACACUCUCUACUCAGCCCGGCGUUACACCACCUUCACUCGGCCGUCUCGCAUCUCGCAUCGCCGUUCUUCUCAUGGGCAAGCACAAGCCGAUUUUCGACCCCUCAACCGACUGCGGUGACUACGUUGUCGUGACCAACUGCGCCGCUCUUCACACAACCGGCCGCAAGAAGUGGCAAAAGCCUUACUACCGACAUACGACACGACCUGGUAGCCUCAAGACCGUAACAAUGGACGCACUUAUGGAGGCCCACGGAGGCAGUGAGGUCCUGCGCAAGGCUGUGCGUGGCAUGUUGCCCAAGAACCGACUACGAGACAAGCGAUUGGCAAGGCUCAAGGCGUUUGAGGGCGACGCUCACCCGUACAAGGAUAACUUGAUACGGUUUGCUGGUGUACCGGUGGGAGCUGAGGGUUGGGAGAAGGCCACCGAAAGGGUCCGAAAUGGCGAUAAGAAGCGAUUAUAAGAAAUUACGCGAGUUACCAUGGGACGAGGGAGCUGUGCAGUAGAAUCUACGGAGUAUGCGGAUGGGCUAUGAGAGUCCUUGUACUAUUUGUACCAAUAUCUUGGGCAUGUUAUGACCUAGCACCAAGCAAUUAUCAACGUUUUUCAUGAUAUGAUAUGUCCGGUGUGCAUUUCAUCUGUUGUGCAAAGACACUGGGCCUGGUAUACGUUCUCCCGGUGAUAUUUACCUUGAUUGUGCCCCUACAGCUCACAUAUUGUCGCCAAUCCCUAAGAAGGCAUGAGUAAGGCAGUACAACAGUAGAGGUCUCAACACAUUACAAUCAGAACAGGCAAAAAGAUAGCAAAAUUAACGUAAUUACUCAAAGCAUAUCUAGUGCUAGAAUCUAAGUUCAUCGCUU